AUGGAAUCUAGAAUAUCUAAACUGGAAGAGAGCGUGCUUCAGCUGGGGGCUAAUAAUCAGCAUAGCUGUGAAGUAAACGGUGAAGUAGAACUAUUGAAGAGACGCCUGAAUCAGUCUGAACAGCAAUGCCUCAUGAAUGAUGUGGAGAUCGCGGGAGUUUUCGAGGCGAACGGCGAAAAUACUGAGCACGUCGCGAUUUCAUUGGCUCAAGUAUUAGAAUUAUUUGAACGUCUCGUGUAUAAAAAAAGAAUUGCUUAUGUGAAAGACCUGGUCACUAGGAAGGUGGACAUACUAGCCGUAAAGGAGACGUGGCUUCGGGAGGAAGAGACGGGACGCGCUCCUCAGGUGACAAGUUACAGGCUUCGAUAUAUUCCCCGCCCACCGUCGGUUCGCACUCGCGGUGGAGGCGUAGGUUUUUACAUUAAUAAAAUGAUGUCUGUUCGUUUAUUGUCAGAUCCAGCUGUAAAUCUAGUUGUGUGUGAUAACAGAUGUGGUGGGAUCUCGUUCCGCGCUUUAAAGGAUAUUAAUAUGGAGAGUUGUAAUAAUACGCUUUUAGCUACUUCUCGGGAGACAAUUCGGCAUUUAGCAGACGUGGACA